AUGCCGGAGACUGCUGAACACAUUUUCUGUGAGUGUGUUUGGACUAGAAGAUUAUGGGGCAGCGAUGACGUCCUUCAAGGCGGUUGUGUGCAGAACUUAUUGGAAUCCACGCUGGGAGGAUCAAGCAGGGAGGGGGCAGUCAAGCUUGCUGCUAUUUUCUCGACAGUGUGGAAUGUUAGAAACGAGAUUGUCUGGAAACAAGCAUCGUGGUCUAUAGAGGGCCUUCGGGGCCAGAUCGAGAGAUUGCAAGUCAGUUGGAAGGCUGCGUUCACUGUUGUGAGGAACCAGGUAGAGGGGCAGAUUCGUGCGUCUUGUUGGGCUCCACCAUCAUGCAAUACGUUGAAGUGUAAUGUGGAUGUAGCUGUGUUCGAUGAUGGUGCAGGCUUUGGCGCGGUUGUGCGUGAUCAUGAAGGCCGCUUCGUCGCCGCAAGAAGUGGUAGAUUAGCGUGUAAUCAGCAUCCGUUUAUGGCUGAAGUUUUGGCAGCUAAAGAAGCUUUAAUAUGGCUCGCGGGGCUACAAGGAAGCCGUUUCAUCCUAGAAUCGGACUGUUUAGAAUUUUGUAAUGCUUUUAAUUCUAGUAUGGUAGAUUAUUCGUAUGUAGGCACAAUUAUUAAGCAAUGCUUGGCUAUUGCUAGAGACAUAGGAGACGUUCAAGUCCAACAUGUCAAGAGAACAGCGAAUCGAGUGGCUCAUGCACUUGCUCGGGCAACUGGUUCUAGUUCUGUCUCAAAGUCGUGGACUGUUAUCCCACCUACGUGUAUUUUUGAGUUGUUAGGUUCUGAAUGA